AUGUUCACCAUCGCCUUCAAUUUCUCCUCACCACACGCCACCCGAACAACAAGAUCGACUUACUACAAUCAUAUCUCCGUUGGGCUAUACUCCGGAAAUGAAGACAUCAGCGACGAAGCAUUUCCUGGCUUCAGACACGGCAGUAAAAACUCAACGACAUUGAGGACGUUGAUUUUGAGCUCGAACGUUUCGAUUCCUGCCGACACCGACGUGUCGCAGCUGAGAUCGAGCUUGAGGAGCGACAAUCUGCCAGUGAAGAUAGAGCUAGACACAAAUGUGAAGAGGUCGGUGCCGGCGCCGUUCCUUACGAAGACUUAUAAUCUGGUUGACGAUCGGGAAAGCGACGACGUCGUAUCGUGGAACGACGGCGGCACGGCUUUUGUUGUCUGGAAAACAGCGGAGUUUGCGAAGGAUUUGCUGCCCAAUUAUUUCAAGCACAACAAUUUCUCAAGCUUUGUUCGCCAGCUUAAUACCUAUGGUUUUCGUAAAACCGUACCCGAAAAAUGGGAAUUCGCCAAUGAGAACUUCAAGCGGGGGCAGAAGGAUCUCCUUGUCCACAUUCGCCGCCGGAAAAAUAUACCCGCAGUGGGUAAGACCGCGGCCGCAGCGGCAGCCGACAACCUCGCUUCGCCGGCAAUCUCCGGCGAGGAACUGGGAUCGAGCUCCACCUCGUCCCCCGAUUCUGUCCCCAAUUCAAAAAAUCCUAACUCGGCCGAGACCCAAGCAUCGGCUCAGCUAGCCGAUUUGUCCGGCGAGAACGAGAAAUUGAAAAAGGACAACCAGAUCCUGAGUUCCGAACUCGCACAGACCAAGAGGCAGUGCGACGAGCUAAUAGCUUUUCUGACCCGGCGCGUGAAGGUGGCGCCGGAGCAGAUCCGCCGCAUCAUGAAUCUCGAAUCCGAUGCGGCCUCCGCCGAGUCGGCCGCUGCCGGCAUAAUAUCUAAUUUCGGCGAUGAUGAAGAAAACGAGAGCUCUGUGAGGCUUUUCGGGGUGGUGGUGAAAAAGAAGAGGGGCUGUACUGAGAAUAAUGAAUUUUCAGGGCCUCAAAACAAAGAAAUGAAAAUGAGUCUUGAGGUUCGCGUGCCGUGGAUGAAGAUGUCUACAUCACCUGGGGAGGGCAGUAAGUGGGAGACUUAUCCGACGACAGUGGGGUCGUUGGUGGAGGCGACAAAGUGCAGGUCCCACAUGGGAAUGGAGAUCGCGACCUCCGUGUUGUUGCAGCUAUGCGUGGGAUGCACAAAGUAUUGUAGGAGCGUGCUGCAUGAGGGGGCCGUGCCACCGCUGGUCGGCCUGUCUCAGUCGGGCACCCCUCGAGCUAAGGAGAAGGCUUCGGAGGAAACGUCGUCUUCUGUGUUCCAGCUCCAGCCGAGGGGGUUCUGCCAGAUUGCGGGAGUUCGUAUUCGUGCGCCUUUAAUUCUUCAUCCCGAGGGAUAUGGUCGAUAG